CUCAAUACACGAACUCCUUUCAAAGACUUUCGUAAUAUCGUCAGCACGUGACAAGUUAUGUAGUUCGAAAUGGAUCACACAAUAUGCAUCAUUCUUCUAAUAUUAUGCUCAAAAUGUGUUGGUGUAAACAUCAGAAAUAUCAUGGUGCCAGCUUUGGUGGAAGUUGGUACGCAAUCAGUGGUACUUGACUGUCAGUACAGCAUCGACGCUAUGUCUCCAAAGGUCGGUUUGGUGAUGAAGUGGUUUUUCAACGGAUCUUCAGGGCUGGUGUAUCAGUGGAUACCGCCAAUGCGACCGCAAGUUAUCGGUCUUCUUAAGGGAAAAGUCGAUAUGAACUUUAAAAUUUCAGAUGAUCCCCUUCAAGCGUACAGAGCAAUAAAAAUACGGAAUCCGACGACAGAUUUGAGCGGAAACUACACUUGCGUCGUCUCGACGUUCUUAGAGGAGGAUCGGCAAACGAGGACAAUGCUUGUAUAUAGUCCAGCACAAAAUUUUCGUUUCGUCCAAGAAAAGAAGUAUGUUUUUUUAGUCACCUUAAUUUGUUCCGCUGAAAAUAUGUUUCCAAAACCUAUAAUUGCCAUAUUAUCAAAUGGUGUACCAUUAAAGCAAGCAGUGACAGAAAUGAAGAUGAACUCAUGGGGUCUAUACACGGUGACGUCGACAGCCGUGGUACAUGACGAUGACGUCACAAGACCUCUCGAGGAAUUCGUAUGCGAGCUGUCUUUGCCACCAGCUAAUUACACGAUCAAUAGAACUUCGAUAUACUAUCCGGGGUUAAUGCCAACCGCAUAUAUCGCAACAUUUGAGGUCAACAAACCACAAGAAAGAUUAUCAAAUGACUCAGGGGCAACGAACUCUACGAGCAAUGGUUUUUCAAUUAUUUUCUUAACGAUCGUUUUGAUAUUUAGAUAUUUAAGUAAAUAAUACAUU